UUAAGUGUCAUGUCAGCGUGAACGCAUUAGGAUCGUUGAUUUAGUUAAAUUUUGCUAACGGUUUGGUAAACAUCGUUAGAGUAUAAACUUUAAUUUGAUGCUUUCUAGAAUAUUGAUAUUGGGUGAAGUGAAAAGUUCUGACCUUUAGUGAAGCAUCGUGUUAUACUAUGCGGCGAUUUAAAGGUGAUAUUACGCAUCAGAAAAAGUUCUUUAACAGUUUUGCUUUUGAGAUUAGAGAUGGAAGAAGGGGACAAAAAAAUGUGUGGGACACGGUGUCAACAGCAAAGAGGGAGCUCUCGGUUCUGUCACAGUGGACACCGAAGGUGCGGCGCGUUCUGAUGGCUAAUCGGGCGAAAAUGGCAAUCAAACCAUGGAAAACGUAUAGUCUGACUGACAUAUCUAUGAAUAUUAGCCAAAAACCCGUUUUGAACUAUUUACUCGUGCUUACGGUUGAUCUCAAGAAGAAGCCCGAUGUAUUUGUGAAAUAAAAUACGCUUCAAGAAAGGAAAAUUAGCUGGUCCGGAUUUUAACCAAUAGGAGUGAGGGCUUUUUCAAUCGGAGGAUUGCGAAAUUGACCAGCAAAUGUAAAAAAAAAUUACCGAACAAAAAGCCACAUAUUCCUUUUAACUUGGAUAAUUCCAAACUUUGCUAAUUUCAAAAGUGUAAUUAAAGCGCAAAAAU